UUAUGACUUAUUGCUAUUUUAGAAUCGGUUUUAUGGACCCACUCCUGAUGCGAUGCCUAAUACAAGUAACAAACAUUCUCAACGUUCAGUUUUCUCCACCUCGCCAUUUUCAGCAGUAGCAGUAGAAGUAAACAAACCCAAAUGCAAUGCAUGCUCCAUAGCUAGGGUUCCUUCACCUCGCCAUUUUCAUCCUCUAUUCUAUGUUAAACUAAUUAAUCAAAUCCCUGAAAAACAAAAACUCCAUUCUCUGCAUUCGAAAUUUCAAUGGCGGAGGAAGAGAACAACCACACAGUCACUUAUAUAGUGAAAAUCAAAGUCACACUCACCCUCCCUGAUUCAGAUGAACCCAUUCCUGAUCAUGAUCAUCAAGAAACACAACCUACUGCCAAUGUUGGCGCGGAAACGGUACCGUUGGAGGAUGGUGACGUGGCACAAGCUGUCGGUGUUGGAGCUGAAACGGCGUCGUUGAAGGAUGAUGAACGUGAUGACGUGGUGGAAGCAGCUGAAGAAUCUAUUCCUGAUCGAGAAAAACAAGCCAUGAAUGUUGGCGCCAAAACGGUGGUGUCGCUGUUGAAGGACGAUGAAGGUUCGGUUGAAGGUGAUGACAUUGCAGCUAGGGAUUCAUUCUCCGCUAAAGCUGCGGCGGCGAUAAUGAAAUGCGGCAGAAAGAAAAAGAAACGUGGAAGAAAGAGUUUUGCAGAAAUUGAAAAGAGGAAGAGGGAUGAAGAAGCGUUGUUAGGGAACAGAACAAAGGAAGAAGCUGGUGAAGGUGAUAAUGAUGCCGGCGGCUCUUCAUCAUUUCAACCGGUGAGAAAGAGACGCGGCAGAAAGAGAAAGGUGGAGAAGGAAACCACCAAAAAUGAGGUUCCACAAGUCCUCAAGAAACUUAAAAUCAGGGAGAGUAAUGCUAAGUGGAUUGAAGAGGGAUCCUUAAUGUGUCAUCAAUGUCAGAGAAACGAUAAGGGCAGGGUUGUCAGAUGCACAAAAUGCAAACGGAGAAGAUAUUGCAUACCUUGUUUAAACAAUUGGUAUCCUAAACUGAAAGAGAGUGAUAUUGCCAAGGCAUGUCCUGUGUGCUGUGAUAAUUGCAAUUGCAAAGCAUGCUUGCGGUCUUUUAAACUCAUCGAUGAAAUGAAGCGUAAGGCUGAAACCAUCAACGAGGAGGAGGUUGAGUUCUCUAAGUAUCUGCUGAAAGGACUUCUUCCACAUUUAAGACGGUUGGAUGCAGAACAAAUGAUUGAGAAGGAAAGAGAAGCCAAGAGACGAGGGCUCUCACUCUCAAAGCUAAAUAUAAAACCGGCGGAUUAUUCUAAAGAUGAGCGUGUGUUCUGUGACAACUGCAAAACAUCAAUAUUUGACUACCACAGAAGCUGUUCAAAAUGCUCUUUUGACCUUUGUCUCCUCUGUUGCUGCGAGCUCCGUGGUGGGAAGCUUCUAGGUGGUGCAGAUCCAAUUAAGCUUGGGUAUGAUUUCCGAGGUCGCGAUUAUCUACAUGGUGGAAAUGAAGAAAAACAUGUUAAAGAAAGUUUAUCACAUGCAGAGGAUGAAUCUACGACUCGUGAGUGGUCAAGAUCUGGGUGGCAUGCAAAUGUCGAUGGUAGCAUUCCUUGUCCAAAAGCUGAUAAUGAAUGUGAUCAUGGUUUCCUUGAACUGAGAAGGAUACUUCCUCCAAAUUGCAUCUCUGAGUUAGUUUGUAAAGCAAACAAACUUGCAGAAACAAUCAAGCUUCAAGAUGUAGAGGAGACUCGUGAUAAUAGGUGUUCUUGCUCGAAACCUGUUAGGCACGCCGAUGAUAUACACAAUAACAAAAGGAAGGCAGCUUUUCAUGAAGAUACAGGUGACAAAUUUUUAUACUGUCCAAGGGCUGUAGAUCUACACCAUGGAGAUUUAAGACAUUUUCAAUGGCACUGGAGCAAAGGGGAGCCUGUAAUUGUCAGCAAUGUACUUGAAUGCACAUCUGGUUUAAGCUGGGAACCACUAGUCAUGUGGCGUGCAUUCCGUCAAAUAACCAACUCCAAAUACGAUGUAGUUUUGGAUGUGAAGGCAGUUAAUUGCUUAGAUUGGUGUGAGGGAGAUAUUAAUAUCCACCAAUUCUUCACUGGGUACACAAAUGGUCGCAGCGAUUGGCUUAAAUGGCCUGAGGUGUUGAAAUUGAAAGAUUGGCCUCCUUCUGAUUUAUUUCAGGAACUUUUACCUCGUCAUCAUGCUGAGUUCAUAUCUUCCUUGCCUUAUAAAGAAUACACAAAUCCUUUUAGUGGUUCUCUCAACCUUGCUGUGAAGUUGCCGGAUUAUUGUGUAAAGCCUGACAUGGGGCCAAGAACAUAUAUUGCUUAUGGAUUUGCUCAGAAUCUCGGACGCGGUGAUUCUGUGACUAAGCUCCAUUGUGAUGUGUCUGAUGCAGUAAAUGUGUUGACUCAUAUCGCUAAAGUGGAACUAAAACCUGAGGAAAUUAGUGUCAUUAAGAAAUUGACGCGUAAGCACCUUGAGCAAGAUAAGAGGGAGCUACAUGGUGAUGGGGAGGCGGUUGAUAUGUUUCACCAACUCUCUGACACUAAUGAUGAUGACCUGAUGGUUGGAGAGGAUCCCUUAGAAGGUGCUCUCUGGGAUAUUUUUCGGAGAGAGGAUGUACCCAAAUUGAAGGAAUAUCUAGAGAAGCAUUUCAGAGAGUUCAGACAUGUCAAUUGCAUUCCUUUAAAGCAGGUUAUUGACCCCAUUCAUGAUCAGACCAUUUAUCUGACUAUGGAGCAUAAGAUGAAACUUAAGAAAGAGUAUGGAAUUGAGCCUUGGACUUUUAUUCAGAAGUUGGGAGAUGCCGUUUUCAUUCCUGCUGGUUUGCCUCACCAAGUCAGAAAUCUGAAGUCAUGCAUCAAGGUUGCACUUGAUUUUGUCUCUCCUGAACAUAUUGGUGAGUGCUUCCGUUUGACAGAGGAAUUCCGCAAGCUUCCGAUAAAUCACAGAUCCGCCGCAGACAAGUUUGAGGUGAAGAAAAUUGCCGUACAUGCUAUGCUUGAUGUGGUUGAAAAAUUAGAGAAAGCAAGGUCUGGGAAAACCAAGGUUUGUGCGUAAAUAUACCAGAGGGAGAAAGAGAUUGAAUCCAUUUGGGAGUGUAAUUUAUUUUGAGUCGCUUGAUUAGGUUUGGUAAUCUUGGGUUCUUUAUAACAAAACAGAAAGGUUCCAUAUUUGUUUUAACCGUUGCACUUGAAACAUUAUAUGCCGACUUGCAUUGGUGUACAUCUGAGUAUCGUAGCUUGUAUGUACCUAUGGUGCUAACUAUCAGGUUGAUUCAAGUUUGGGCAGAUGCUAAUGUGAAUGUAUAUAUAAAAAGAAGAUUAUAAAUUGUCCUUGUUGCAGCAUGUUUUACAUAA